AUGGGCUCGGAGGUAUUAGAUGAGCGGGCAGUUGGCCUCCAUCUGAGAGUAUCUAACUACGUGCUGGCUCCUGAUGCCACGAUCGAAGCUCCUCAGUGUGUCAGAACCAAACGAACUAUCCAUCUCUGGUCUAUCCUGAAAUUGGAAACGGUUAUCGGGCUGUGUAUAGAGUUGGACGAUGGUGCAAGCCGUUACAGUGGAACCAUUAAAAGAACUCUCAUUUUCAAGAACCGAAUAUUCGGGUUCACCAGCGUUGUUCCCUGACUGAGCGGUAUCUCCCCAUUUGCUGGCGAUUCUCAAAUUGAAACUUUCCAAAACAUCCUCGAAUGUGUCGUCACCUUUGAUCGCGAGGAGUUUGAGGAGGUCUCCGCUGCAGCACGCGAUUUCAUGGACCGGCUUUUGCAAAAAAAUCCUCAGUGCGCAUGA